GCGGGUGUUGGACGUCCUUAAAAUUAGGGAGAACAUGGGGGAGUACCCGCCGCCUUACUACCAUGGCACUAAGAAGAGGGCCGGUGCCCCUGGGAACCGAGGCCCUGAAGGAGAUGGAGGGGUUGGGGGUUCCUGGAGGCAUCUCCAGAUCCGAGCUUGAAACCACAGCAAAUGAGCUCAAGAAGUCCUUGAGUCCUGGCCCUGGCUCCUCCCCAAAUAGCCGUGAGCACUGGGCCAACCUCCGGCUCUUUCCAGAACCCUCCUCACUCAUUCCCAGGGCCUCGGGCCGUCCGUGGGCCGAGGCCUCGCCCAUCUGGUCUGCCGCAGGAUGGGCCUGUCCGGCGUGGCCCCAGUGUGGGGCCCCCCAGGGCUGCUCCUAACCAUCGCGCUCUACCCGGCCCUCACCCUGCACCCUGCCAAGGCCUGGGCGCCACCACACCGGGACUACUGUGUCCUGGGCGCCGGGCCGGCGGGCCUGCAAAUGGCCUACUUCCUGCAGCAGGCCGGGAGGGACUACGCGGUGUUCGAGCGCGCCCCGGGGCCCGGCAGCUUCUUCACGCGCUACCCCCGGCACCGCAAGCUCAUCAGCAUCAACAAGCGGUACACGGGCAGGACGAACGCCGAGUUCAACCUUCGCCACGACUGGAACUCUCUGCUCAGCCAUGACCCCCGGCUGCUCUUCAGGCACUACUCCCAAGCCUACUUCCCCGACGCCAGCGACAUGGUGCGCUAUCUGGGCGACUUCGCGGGCAGGCUGGGGCUCCAGGUGCUGUACAACACAACCAUUGCCCACGUUACUCUGGACAAGGAUCGGCGGGCCUGGAAUGGCCAUUACUUCAUCCUGACCGCCCAGAAUGGCAGCCAAUACCAGUGCAGUGUCCUUCUUGUUGCCACCGGUUUGUCAGUCCCCAACCUGGUAGACUUCCCUGGAUCCGAAUAUGCGGAAGGUUACGAGUCCGUGUCUGUGGACCCCAAGGACUUUGUGGGUCAGAAUGUGCUGAUUCUGGGCCGAGGGAACUCAGCCUUUGAGACGUCAGAGAACAUCUUGGGGGUCACCAACUUUAUCCACAUGCUGAGCCGCUCCCGAGUCCGGCUCUCCUGGGCCACCCACUAUGUAGGAGACCUCAGGGCCAUCAACAACGGCCUGCUGGACACCUACCAGCUCAAGUCCCUGGAUGGGCUGCUGGAGUCUGACCUGACAGAUCUGGGUCUUGUGAAGGACCGCGAGGGCAGGUUCCGCAUCACCCUAAAGUUCUACCUGGAGGAAAGUAACCAGACUGCCGAUGCCGUCACCCUCCCCCAGGACGACAGUGACAACUUUGCCAUGCGUGUGGCCUACGACCGGGUCAUCCGCUGCCUGGGCUGGAACUUUGACUUCUCCAUUUUCAACAAAUCCCUCAGACUAUCUUCAGGGGGUGAGUUCAAAAAGAAGUACCCACUGGUCAGAGCUAGCUACGAGUCCAAAGGAAGCCGUGGUCUCUUUGUGCUGGGUACGGCCAGCCACUCUGUGGAUUACCGGAAGUCUGCCGGGGGCUUCAUCCAUGGAUUCCGAUACACAGUGCGCGCCGUUCACCGGCUGCUGGAGCGGCGCCACCACGGCCGCGCCUGGCCCGCCACCGAGCACCCCGCCACACAGCUGACCAGCUGCAUCCUCCGGCGCGUGAACGAGGCCUCGGGGCUCUACCAGAUGUUCAGCGUGCUGGCCGACGUCGUCCUGCUGAAGGAGAACGCCACAGCAUUCGAGUACCUGGAGGAGUUCCCCAUGCAGAUGCUGGCCCAGCUGGAGACAGUCACAGGCAGGAAAGCCAGGCAUGGGCUCUUUGUCAUCAACAUGGAGUAUGGAAAAAAUUUCUCUGGACCCGACAAGGAUGUCUUCUAUUACGACCGGUCUGUGGGGCACACGGAAGAUGCCUGGCAGUCCAACUUCCUCCACCCCGUCAUCUACUACUACAGGCACCUCCCCACCGAGCAGGAGGUGAGGUUCCGCCCCGCAGACUGGCCCCUGCCUCGGCCCACAGCCAUCCACCACAUCGUGGAAGAUUUCUUGACAGACUGGACUGCCCCAGUGAACCACAUUUUACCUCUGAGGCGCUUCCUAGAGAACUGUUUGGACACCGAUUUGCGAAGCUUCUAUGCAGAGUCCUGUUUCCUGUUCGCCCUAACACGCCAGAAGCUGCCACCCUUUUGCCAGCAGGGGUACCUGAGAAUGCAGGGGCUGCUGGGAACCCGGAGCCUCCUGCAGCACAGAGUGGAGAGUGGGCUCCUGCAGGACCAUGCCGCUGCGGGCAGGCACAGGGAGGACAGUCGCCAGUGGCCUGGUGACCACGAGCCAGUAGAUCCACCCCCGGCUCCAGGGCCUCUGGUCCAGCCCCUCAACAGCAACAAGGAGGAGCUGUGAUGCCCAGGUCUGUCCCGAGGCCCACAGCCAGCCUGCCUCCUCACAGCCCGUGCUCCCACCUCUGUGUGCUUGCCAAAGACCUCUCGGAUCAUGGCAGUGGCCACACCAAAGCCACACAGAGGGCGCAUAGGGCCAGGGGCGGCCUUGCGGUGGUCUCCUCCCCUCUGGUUGGGCCACAGGUGCCCAGGAGGCAGGGUCCAGAGAAGGGCAUCCCCUGCCAGGCAGGAGCUGCCUUGCACAGCCGGGCUUGUCUGCAAGUGAAUUGUCGCUGAGCACCAGGCUGGCCUCAGUGCUAUCCCCUCAAGUGCCCAGCGGUCCUUUUACUUUUGGUCUACUCUUCAGAUGGUGGAGCAUUUCACAGAUAGAACCUGUCCUCCUCUUCAUGAGGGUUUGUGGCAGGCUCUUGAAAACGAGCUCUGGUAUCCUCAGCCACAUAGGGUGGGUAGGACUGUCACCCCUGAUGAAGACACCGGCUCAGAGAGGUUAGGUGACUCCCAGGGUUUC